AUGAGUUCGCUGAUGGAAGUGAGCGUACCACUGAACACGUGCAGUAAGGUAUUCGUGCAACGCGACUACUCCAGAGGACUGGGCGUGCAGUUCGAGACCGCCUUUCCCAGCGCUCUCGAUGGAAAGGUCAGCAAGCAGCAGUGGGAGCACACCAUUACCACACUCAAUUCCUACUACAACGCCGCCGAGGAAGUGUGCUGCACGACGACUCAGUAUGAAAAGGCGUUGACGAAAAUCACUGACUUCUUGGCGGAGCAGAAUAGGAAUGUCUAUCUGCCAGCCGGUCUCUUUUUGACGGAUCCGAUUGAACGUGGCCUUCGCGUGGUAAAACAUUUUUUAAAUAUAAAUUUCAAAAUCACAGGGUAG